AUGGAUCUCUUUCAACUAAAUGAAUUAACAGAUGAUAUGAUGAACUUAUGUAACAAUGACUUCUACAAUUUUCUUAAAAAUUCAUUAAAUAAAGAUUUAUGUGAGCUAUUUCGAGUGCAAGCCAUUCGACAUAUGACUUCGUUGUCGUCAAUAACAAUCGAUCAAAUAAUAGAAAUACUUACUCUUGAUAUUGGUGAUUUGAAUAAUUUGAAAAAAUCACUUGGUUUUGUAACAUCUGAUGAAAAAUUUCAUGUUCGACUUGAUCAUCGAAAUUUAUUGGAACGCUUGCUACUAUUAGUGAAAUCAAAAACAAAUUCGUCUAUGAAAAACUCUGAUCUUUCAAAUCAGUAUAUGAAAGAACAAAUUCAUGAAAAAUGUUUAGAAAUGUGGAGGAAAACAUCCAAUUCAUCGAACGUGAUCGAAUGCGAGCUUCGGUUUAGUUUGUUAAAAGAAUAUUCACGAUCAACCAGCUGUAAUUAUAUUUUUGUUGCUGAAGAUGCAACUCGUUCGAUAUCAUGUAUUGAUUAUGAUGUACAAUCUAAUUCUUUUAUUGGCUUCUCAGCACCAUUAGUUAAUGGAGUACCACAAUCAAAUUUUUUUCGCACAGAAAAGUUCAACGUAUUAAAAGAGUGGUUUGAUGAAGCAGACACAUCAAAAUUCAUUAAUCUUCAUAUGGCAAAAUCUUUGAAAUCAUCUGCUCCUUCUUUCAUUCUAUGUGCUUAUGGUUCUAACAACAAGUUCGAAGCUAUAGAUGUUUUAAGAAGAUGGUUAUAUAUUUAUCAUGAAAGCUUGAUUCAAGGUUUAAGAGUAAUAGGUUUUAGUACUGAUGGUGACUCUCGUUAUUUGAGAGCAAUGAGACUAUGUUCUCGUUUUUUUGUUGAAUUGCCAAAUUCAAAUUUAUUCAAGUACAAUGAUCAACUUGAUAUAAAAAUACCGGAUAAAUGGUCUUGGUUUUUUAUGAAGCAACAACAAAUUUUUCUUUUCAUGCAAGAUCCGAUACAUAUUGCAACAAAAAUUCGCAACAGACUUCUUUCUAAAUUAGCAAAUUUGAAAAUGGGAGAUUUCUCGACUGGUAUGAAAUAUCUUGCCGAAUUAAUUGAAACAAAAAGCAAAAUCGAGCACAAUUUAAUUAAAUCGGAUCUUAGUCCCAAGGAUCGACAAAGUUUCGCUUCAUGUUUACGAAUAUCUUCUGAAUUAGUAUUAGAUUUACUAAAUAGAAAUGAAAAUGCAAAAGAAUUAAAUCUAACAGAAAAUGAUAUUGAAAAAAUUAUCAAUCGUGCAUUUGAAUCAGCUAAACAAUAUGUUGCAAUGGUUAAUAUGACACAACUGUUGAAAAAUAAAGACAUUUAUUCAUUACCUGAAUUAAGUCAAUUUAUCAAAACAAUUUUAAGUAAAGCAUCUUCAAAAAUGGUAGAUUACAAGGAAGAUGACGAUUCAAAUUACGAUUCAGACGACGAUGAAUUCAAAGACAAUGAAAAUGGUUUAGCAACAUUUGAUGACGAAGAUCAAAUGUUAUCCAGUACUUUUGAUGAAGACGAGGAAAGAGAAGGCAAUAUAACAGCUAAUGGCCUUUCUAAUGAAUCACAACAAAAUUUCAAGGGCUGCCGAAUAUUCAAUAAAAUAAAUCAACAACAAAUAAACAAAUAUUUUCGUAUUUCUGUUGAUUCAUCAGUGAAAUACAUUCAUAAACAUUCAGCCUGCUGGUUGUUGUCGACGAGCAAAAAUCGCCUAUCAAGUGAUCGAUUAGAAUGUGUUAAAGAGUAA